UGUAAAUAAAGGUCUUCGUAGGAUUUCUCUCUUGAUGAUCUCCAAAUAUUGUUCAUUUAUAAAACAAAUAGAGAUAUUAAGAUGGUCCAUACGUUACGAAUAGUUACUGUAUUAUGUGUAAGGUAAUUUCUUAUUGAACUAGAGAAGGUAUGGUAUUGGAUUAAAAUCCAAGGAAGAAAACGCCCGCCAUGGAACGACCUCGGCGAAACAUCAAGCGUCCUGGGGCACUGACUGACUUCCUCACAGUUAAUGAAUCUGACAGACAGAGCUCAGGGGGGGAAGAAGCCAAAGGAGAAUUUAGUGAACAAGAUGAAGCAAAGGAAUCUGUUGCUUCUGAAGAUGAAGGAAAGCUUUUGCUGUCUCCCUAUAAGUGUGGAGAGUGCAAGUCACGUUACCGCAGCAAAGUGGCUCUCCUGCGUCAUUUAGUUAAGCACAGUGGUGAAAAGCCAUUUGAGUGUUCUCAGUGUGGCAAGGGGUUGUCUAGUCAGUCAGCACUCACUGAACAUUUGAAUAUCCACACCAACAAUAAACCACACAGGUGUGAUGAAUGUGGCAAAGAGAGUCGCCAGCUUAGUGUGCACCUGCGUCACCUCCUGACGCACCAGCCAAAUCCAGAGCUUGUGUACACAUGCUCAGUGUGUGCAAAGACCUUCAAGCAGAAUGAGUACCUGAGGAAGCACAUGAGGAAACAUACUGGAGAAAAACCAUUUGUAUGUGAAGAAUGUGGCAAAUCCUUUACUUGCAAGAGUGAGCUCAAUCGUCACAGCCAGAGACACUCAUCGGAAAGACCUUACACAUGUUCUGAUUGCGGUCAGAGCUUCAAGAUGCGUCACAACCUCAACAAGCAUCAAAAGGCACACACGGGAACUCAGCAGUGGAAGUGUCUUCUCUGUUCGGCGGUGUUUUCGAAACCCAAGUUAUUGGAAGCCCAUAGAAAGACCCACCUUGAGACUGUCCAGCACCUGCAAGUUAUGAGACCCAGCGACAACACCCUGGUUGUUUCUGCUGAAGUGGAUGACCGAAGGAAACUCCCAACAGUGCACAGCCUCCACCUCCCUAAGAACAAUGCAGAUGAUGCCGAUUCUGAGAAAGCAAUUAGCAAGAAACUUCUGAGAAUAAAUGAUACCACUCUGCCUCUAGAAUUCAUCUUGAAGAGUGUGGGAAAAGGAAGUGCCAUUAAAAUAAAAAUCAUUGAUAAACCUGCCCAAGCAAGGACAGCUCCAUAUUUGACAAAUGAGAACAUUGUAGAGUUGAUGGAUGAAGAGGAGCCAGAGCAGAAGGAGAGUGAAGAGGAAAAUGAGGUCCCCGUGGCCGCAGAUUCUACAGUGGAAGAUGGGAUUGAGGAAAGUAUGAACAAGGAAGCAGUAGAAGUAUCGAGUGUCCUCAGCGCAUCGGCAAGUAUAGUCAGCCACUGUUUAUCCAAGCAUUACAAUCUAGUCAACCCUGGCUGUGAGGACUAUCGGUGUUGGCUGGCAAUGCUCACGUCUCUUUGCCAGCAACUAGAACCACCCUAUGAAUUAGAGGUAUGCAAACACAUGAGCCAGAUCAGCAAUGCCCUCCAGCUGUGUCUCAUUCAGAGGCCUGAGCCUGGAGUGGAUCAGCUGUCAUCCUUAGAAUCAGCUGGUCUUCCCCAACAUCUGUUUUGUGCUGAUAUAUCACAAUAUCAGUUUAUUUAUGAACAGUAUUUGAUAAUUUUGAAGACAUUACAGGAACAUUUUAAUUUUAUUGUUGAUAAGGAUAAAUGAAUAUUUGAAUGAUGUCAUUUAGCUAAUGACUAGUGUAUUUGCCGAAACGCAUAUACAAAAUUAGUGAUACAUUUUUAGGCAUAUACGUAGCCUUUUGUGGCUAAUGGAAUAACCAAAAAGGUAAUGCAUGCAAAAUUUGCUGAAAAUUCAAUCAUAUUACUGUCUUCAUCUGUGAUAGGACAGACACAGACACAGACAUACACCCACCCACCCAGCCGCACACAGAGACAGACAGACAGACAGACAGACACGCAG